CAGCUGUCCCAAGCAGGGAUCCGUGUCCUCUGCUGCGCUGGGCCCAGACCCCCUCGGCCCCAGGGAAUUUCUCCAGGAGGGGUGACCCUCUCCCUCUCAGGCCCACCUCGCGUGCCCUUCCGCUCGCAGAACGCAGAACUUGGGGCACUGAGGGGUACAGGCGGAUGAGGAAGGUUCUGAGCCCUUCCCAGGCUGCUGGGGACCCGGUGGGGGCGGGGCGCGGCGCCAGCUGCCCUGGUCACGUGGCGAGUCAGGCGGAGGAGGGCGCGGGCGGGGCCUGGUGCGGUACUUAGCGCGGGGGCGGCUCUGGGAAGCUAAGGCGGCUGGCUGUUCGGGCGUCAGAACCUGCCCGAGCGCUCGGAGGCUGCAGACCUAGGCCCUCGGCGGCGGCGGCGGCGGAGCGCGAUCCCAGGGGCCCCAGUAAGUCCUGCUUCAGGGUCACGCUGGGAGCAGCCCUGCUGAGCAGAGGUUAGUCGUCACCUGGACGCUGGCCCUACUUCGUACAGGACAGUGUUCCGCAGAGCUUGAGCCUCAUCUCCUUUCAGGUGAAUCUAGGAUCCACCUGCCAAAAAUGUGGCGGCUCUUGGCCACCCUCAGCUGCCUGGUGCUGCUGACCAGUGCCCGGGAGAGUCUGCAUUUCCAGCCUCUGUCGGAUGAGCUGGUCAAUUUUAUUAACAAGCAAAACACUACGUGGACGGCCGGACACAAUUUCUACAAUGUGGACCUGAGCUACGUGAAGAAGCUCUGUGGCACCUUCCUGGGUGGACCCAAGCUGCCCCAGAGAGCUGCUUUUGCUGCGGACAUGAUCCUGCCCAAAAGCUUCGAUGCCCGGGAACAGUGGCCCAACUGCCCGACCAUCAAAGAGAUCAGAGACCAGGGCUCCUGUGGCUCCUGCUGGGCGUUUGGGGCUGUGGAAGCCAUCUCUGACCGGAUCUGCAUCCGCAGCAACGGGCGUGUCAACGUGGAGGUGUCCGCUGAGGACAUGCUCACCUGUUGUGGCGACGAGUGUGGGGAUGGCUGUAACGGUGGCUUUCCCUCUGGAGCCUGGAACUUCUGGACAAAGAAGGGCCUGGUGUCCGGGGGCCUCUAUGACUCGCAUGUGGGUUGCAGGCCCUACUCCAUCCCACCUUGUGAACACCACGUGAACGGCUCCCGGCCCCCGUGCACUGGGGAGGGGGACACCCCCAAGUGCAGCAAGAUCUGCGAGCCUGGCUACACCCCGUCCUACAAAGAAGACAAGCACUUCGGAUGCAGCUCCUACAGCAUCUCUAGGAACGAGAAGGAGAUCAUGGCGGAGAUCUACAAAAAUGGCCCGGUCGAGGGGGCCUUCACUGUGUACUCGGACUUCCUGCAGUAUAAGUCUGGAGUGUACCAGCACGUCACAGGAGACUUGAUGGGAGGCCAUGCCAUCCGCAUCCUGGGCUGGGGAGUGGAGAAUGGCACCCCCUACUGGCUGGUCGGCAACUCCUGGAACACAGACUGGGGUGACAAUGGCUUCUUUAAGAUCCUCAGAGGACAGGAUCACUGUGGCAUCGAGUCAGAGAUCGUGGCUGGAAUCCCAUGUACUCCCCAUUUCUAGAAGUGCUGAUCUGUUUGGCCGCCCCUGGGGCAGUUUUUCCCGCAGUAUAGCCCUUGGGAUUGGGGGUGUGAUGGGGGGAUAGGAAAUGUCUUUUAUUCUUUGAGUUCAGAUAAGAUGCAGGCGUUUUUAGACAGGCCUCAAGGACUGGGUCGGGCCAAGCCUCGUGUCUGCCAUCAGCACUGUCUUCCAAGGAGACACAGCUAAGGCCUGAUCAGGGAAUGGACCGCUGUCACAUCACAAACACCACAGAAGCCGCCGCUUCCGCCGCCACCCGGAGAACGCACCCCUCCUCAGACUAGCUGUGUCCUGCCCGGUCCCACUCACUUCUGCCACGCACCCUCCCACACUCCCAGCCGCAUCGCCUAGGAGCAGAACAGAGACCCCAGCAUUCGUAGGUUUCCCAGGACUGGAAGGCCGAGCUCCUACCUGGACAGAGGCCCUUCUGAGCAGGCAGCUGCUAGACCUGGAGGAGGUUGAGGAGGUCUGGGGUGGCCCUGGGGAGAAAGCCACAGUCUGCCUGGGCCCCGCAUCUGUCGAGCUUUGCGGAGUGGUUUACCCCAUCUGGUCUUGUCCUUGGUGUGAUUCCUUCUCAAAUUCUAAGUCUUUAUCACAUGAGCACGUCGGGUGGUGGGAAGGGCUGUGCUGGUUCUACAGGUCAUCUCCUUAAAGCAAUGAAAUUAGUUUGCAGAGAAACCAGUUUUUACUGUUUAAAACCACUGCUUCACCCUGUCAGUGUAACAAGGAUGACUGCCGAUAAAAUGCCUCUCCUUCAAUGUGACAUCUGCGUUCUGGUGCAUCUGGAAGAUGGUUUGUUGCUGUCUCUAGACUCGUAGCUGCUGUCUCUCCUUAGCCCCCAGAAGAAUCAUGUUCCCACGGGCCCUUGAAACGCUAUCCAGGGAUGUCUUGCUUCAGUUGAGUGGAACAAAGUAAAUACUUAAUUUUAACGUCA